AUGGCUAGCACACGAAACGCUCUUGCAAAGGCCCUCAAAAAGCUUCACCAGCCCCAUCGCCCUAUCAUCUUAGCAAAUGUUUAUGAUGGAGCCUCCGCUAAAGCCGUUGCAUCCUUACCGAAUUCGAAAGCGAUAGCAACAGCAAGUUACGCCGUCGCAGAGGCUGCGGGCACGAAAGACGAAGACUUGAGUCACCAAGAAAUUGUCCGGUCAGCGAAAGCUAUUGCCAGCUCGAUUCAAAGCUUUGGCAAGCCUUUAACUAUCGAUAUAAGAGACGGAUACGGAGAAAAACUUGAAUCCACAGUAAAAGAGCUCGUGGAAGCUGGGAUUGUAGGUGUCAAUCUCGAAGAUUUUGACAAUGAGACAAAAGAAAUGUACAGCAUGUCAGAAGCAGCGGAUCGAAUCAAAAACGUACUCAGCACCGCAAAAGCUGCCGGCAUGCCCGAUUUUGUGGUUAAUGCGAGAUGCGACACUCUGGUCAACAAUGGAAGUCUCGACGAGGUGAUAAGACGCGGUCAAGCAUACCUUGAUGCUGGUGCAACCACCGUUUUUGUUUGGGGAGGCUCAAGCCGAGGAGGUAUUUCCAAAGAUGAAGUGAUCAAGCUAGUGGAAGCAUUCAAUGGGCGUUUGAACGUUUUGAAGUCUUCCACGAACGGCCUUUCUACGAAAGAGCUAGCGACUAUUGGAGUUGCUCGGAUUAGUGUUGGGCCCGCACUUCAACUUGCAGCUCUGGAAAAGAUCAGAGAAGUUGCCAAGUCACUCCUUGAGCUUUAG